GGUGGCACUUAAUUUCCUUCAUCUUUCACCUUUGCUGUUUCCCUCUUACUGGGUUACAACUCUUCAUCUCUCUGCAGCUGACAUGUCUGCCCUCAAGCUCUUAAUGUGCAGUUAAUUAUUAACAACAGUUGUUGAUUUGUUGGGGUUGAAGGAGAUCCUUCAUCACCUGAUAACCCUGACCUCCUUUUUUCUCCAUAAUGAGAUGCUUCUGAGAAAGCCUCACUUCUUACAGCUCCGUUUGGAGGUUAUGGUGAGGAUGGAGACUUCAGCGAUGGUCAGGCUUCGCUACGAAGAGCUGCUGUUUUACGCAGCCUGUGUUUGUAACAGCUGGUGCGUUUUCCUCUGUGUUUGUGUUUGUCUGGAGGGCAGAGUGUCCAGGAAAGGAGGAGGAGGUGCAGGUGUUGGCAUGCGUCAGGGCUGCAGGCGGCAGCUCUCCCGGGCCAUGCUGCGCUGGUGUCGUCCCUUCUGUCCUUCCCGAGGAAGAGUAGGAGAAGGAUGGGGCAACAAACUGUGGACCAGCAGGAGGUUCCUGGAGCUGUGGACUUACAGCAAGCUCCUGCUCAAGUCUCUGUUCUACAACAGCCUCAACAACUCGGACACGCUGCUGGAUUGCGUCUUCGAACCAGUCUACUGGAUUGUGGACAAUGUGACGCGCUGGUUUGGCGUAGUGUUUGUCUGUCUUGUCGUCCUCCUCACAACGUCUGUAGUGGUGAUCGUCUACCUGUAUGUUUUACCCACCAUCUUCAGCACCUACCCUGCACACUGGAUCGUCUGGCACCUCUGCUGUGGCCACUGGCUCCUCGUCAUGGUGGUCUUCCAUUACUACAAGGCCACCACCACCUCUCCAGGUCACCCACCCAAGGAAAAUAUUACUAUUCCCUCUGUUUCGAUCUGUAAAAAGUGUAUUUCACCAAAACCUGCCAGGACGCAUCACUGCAGCAUCUGCAACAGGUGUAUUUUGAAGAUGGACCAUCACUGUCCCUGGCUGAACAACUGUGUCGGUCAUUUCAACCACCGCUACUUCUUCUCCUUCUGCGUCUACAUGACCCUUGGCUGCAUCUACUGCAGCGUCAGCAGCCGGAACCUGUUCCUGGAGGCGUACAGCGCCAUAGAGAGUUAUUAUGAAACUCCUCCUGCUGCCGACACCUUCAAAACAAACACCGAUUACAAAUGCAUCAUUUACCUCUGGGUGCUGACCAGCUCGGUGGCGGUGGCUCUGGGAGGACUCACCCUGUGGCACACCAUCCUCAUCUGCAGGGGAGAGACCAGCGUGGAGCGUCACAUCAACCGCAAUGAGACCAAAAGACUCAGGGAACAGGGCAAGAGGUUCAGAAAUCCAUAUCAUCAUGGCACAAUGAAAAACUGGAAGAUCCUUUUUGGGGUUGAGAAACGGAGUCACUGGGUCACACGUGUCCUGUUUCCAUCUGGACAUCUGCCCAGUGGUGAUGGUAUCGUGUGGGACUGCAGCUAUACCAGGAGAGACCCCUUGGCCAUCUGACCUCUGCAGUCUGCAUCACAGGGACACAUAAGGAGACAACUGACCAUUCAUCACAUCAGAGGCAACAUAAUCCUGCAUCAUGGUAUUCAUUUAGACCACCUGGUUAAAAUAUGUUUUUUGAAACGCGCUGCUGGACAGUGUAAAUUUUAUUUUGCUGUCUCUCGUGUAAGAUUUGCAGACAAAAAAUUAUUUUGGUCUGCAAAAAACUCCAACAAUUUUUUCCAGUUACCUUUUGCACCAUCAUUAAACACAUCAUAAAAAGUGAGUGAGAUUUGGACUGAGUGAUUGGUGAUAGUGCAAAACUGAGUCACUUCAAGAAAACUCCUUCAAGAACCGGGAGCAGAAAAUUCAACGUGAACUUGGAGUCCAUGUUGAUUUAAACUGAACCUGUCGAUUUGAAGUGGACCGCGUUAUUCCUCUACGUGGUUGCAUUGUGAGUUUCCUGAAAAUUGGACCAGAGAUUAUUUCUGGUUUUUGGUUUGAAUUUUGGGCUGAAUUUACACAGGAUGUUGUUAUUUUUUGUGUCUAUUCAUUAAAUGCCCUUAAAUUAUUAAGAUAAUUUUAAUUUUAUAUAUAUUUUACAUUUGCCUGAAUUUAUUGAUAUUUUGCCAUGAAAUGAACUGACGGAGAAAAGUUUACAACUGUAAUGUUUUGACAUGUGUGUGAGAGACACAGACCUGAACUAUUCCUGUGCCAAAGAGGAAAAAAAAAAGAAGCAACAUUUCUCAAUGAGUCCAUUGAUAUGUUUAACAGACUAUUCAGGCCUUUUUUUAAACCACUCAAAUCCUGGUUUGUAGAUUCAAACUUCCAACUUUUUUUUCUUUUAAAUAAUUAAACAAAAAAACCCCAACUGUGAAUAUAACUGUGACAUAUGGCUGUGACGUGGACAGGGCCGCGCUCCUGUGUUUGACUGUCUUUUAUAAUUUUAGAGUUUGUGAUAAUGCUGCUGUUUUUAUCAGUUAUGGGUGAAUAAAAUACACACAAAAAUG